AUGUCUUUCCAGGCCAUCUGCCAAGGCUCCAAGGGGAGCAGAAGGGGCUACAGCUCAUGCUCUGCUUUUGGUGGUGGCACCGGAGGUGGAAUCAGGCGUAGCUAUUCUUCAUGCAGAGGAUAUGAUGGCGGUAUGAGAGGCCAAUAUGGUAGCAGGAGCCUCCAUAACUAUGGUGGAGUUACAAGGAUUUCCUAUGGAUCUGGCUAUGGAGGAAGCAUCUGCGGGGGGUAUGGUGGUGGGUAUGGUGGAAUGGGUGGUGGCUAUGGAGGAAUAGGGGGUGGUUAUGGAGGAAUAGGGGGUGGUUAUGGAGGAAUAGGGGGUGGUUACGGAGGAAUAGGAGGUGGGUUUGGUGGUAGAGGACUUGGUGGCCUUGGAUCUAGAGGUAUUGGCAGUGUCCAAGUGGAUCCAAAUCUUAUGCGACCGGUCCGGGUAGAAAUUGACCCCCAAAUACAGCAAGUAAAAAAUCAAGAGAAAGAGCAGAUCAAAGUCCUCAACAACCAGUUUGCUUCCUUCAUCGACAAGGUUCGCUUUCUGGAGCAACAAAACAAGGUAUUGCAAACCAAAUGGCAGAUCCUCCAACGACAGUCACAAGGCAUUGGCCCAACUAUGAAUCUGGAUGCUGACUUCCAGCAGUUCCUGAAUAGCUUGAGGAGUCAGAUUGAAAAUAUCCGCAGCCAGAAGGGGCAGCUGACAACAGAGCUCCAGAGUAUGCAACAUUAUGUGGAAGAAUACAAGAACAAGUAUGAAGAGGAGAUCAACAGGCGCACAACAGCUGAGAAUGAUUUUGUUGUGCUGAAAAAGGAUGUGGAUUGUGCCUAUUUGUCCAAGAGUAACUUGGAUUCAAGAGUUGGUGCUUUGGCUGAUCAGAUUAACUUCCUGAGAAGAAUCUUUGAAGUGGAAAUCUCUCAGUACCAGACUGGAGGCCAAGAUACCUCAGUAGUAGUGAGCAUGGAUAAUAAUACCCACUUGAAUUUGGAAGGUAUUAUUGACGAAGUAAGAAGCCAGUAUGAAGAGAUUGCUCGCAGUAGCCGAGCUGAGGCUGAGUCUUGGUAUCACUCCCAAUACGAAGCUCUGCAGAACACAGCAGGACGGCAUGGUGACAAUCUGCGCAACACCAGGCAGGAGAUUCAAGAGUUGACUAGGAACAUCCAGAGACUGCGUUCAGAAAUUGAGCAUGUCAAGAAGCAGGUAUGGAAUAUGGAGGGAAGGAUUAUAAUUCUAUCUCCUUGGGAAAUCUAG